AUUCAAUCUAUUCAUUCGUUUCAUUGUCGUCGAGUCGUUGCACGUAAUUUCGUGGGGUUAAUUUUAUGAGCAAUAUGAAAAGUGAAGGCUGUUUUUUAUUUAAUUUAUUUAACGAGUUCGGGGAAAGUGUGUGCCGGUAGAUAUAGCUCAAUUAUAGUCCUGCAAGAUGUGUAAAAAAUUUUUGUCUGUGAUCUAGUUUAAAACGUCAUGACUACAAUGAAGAAUCCAAAUUCGUCGUCUUCUAAGCUCGCUCUUCUCAGUCAUAUAAAAUAUGAGCACCUGGUAGCUGGCAUAUCAGGUGGCGUGACAUCUACUUUGAUUUUGCACCCUUUGGAUUUGAUAAAAAUUAGAUUUGCUGUAAACGACGGCAGGACCGCUACAGUACCGAGAUACGAUGGACUUGGCAGCGCUUUCGUAACAAUAGUUAAGAAGGAGGGAGUAAAAGGACUCUAUAGAGGCGUCACUCCCAACGUUUGGGGCUCCGGGUCGGCGUGGGGAUUUUAUUUUCUAUUCUAUAACGCAAUAAAGACAUGGAUUCAAGGGGGCAACGCCCGUACACCUCUUGGACCAGGCCUCCACAUGUUGGCAGCCGCCGAAGCUGGAGUCCUGUCCUUGGUUAUGACGAAUCCCAUCUGGGUGGUAAAGACCAGGCUGUGCUUGCAGUACAGCGAGGAACACUUGGCCGAGCACAAGAGAUACAAGGGCAUGGUCGACGGCUUGACCAAGAUAUACAGGACGGAGGGCAUCAGGGGGCUUUAUAGGGGGUUUGUGCCAGGCAUGUUUGGAGUAUCACACGGCGCCUUGCAGUUCAUGACAUAUGAGGAAAUGAAGAAUCGUUACAACCAGUACAGGAAUUUGCCUAUUGAUAUAAAAUUGACGUCAGUGGAAUAUCUGACAUUCGCUGCGAUAUCCAAACUGAUCGCCGCCGGCGCCACGUACCCGUACCAGGUGGUGAGGGCGCGCCUCCAAGACCACCACCGCAGCUACGACGGCGCCUGGCACUGCAUCCGCGAGACGUGGAGGCACGAGGGAUGGCGGGGUUUCUACAAGGGUCUGAAGCCAAAUUUGGUGCGGGUGGUGCCGGCCACAAUGAUCACGUUCUUGACAUACGAAAACAUGUCGCAUUACCUGUUGAAAAGUGCGCGGGAAAUAAAGCUGCCAUCUUAGUAAACGGGAAGGAGGCGGGUGAUUUGAUUUUUGAAAUAAGAACAUCAUGUUCUUAGUUCAAAAUAAAAAAAAAAUUGAAACAAACUUUUUAUAUUAAUUUCGAGGCAAAGGUCGUCGUUGCGAUAAUCCUUUAUAUGCUAUUGGAAUUUAUAUUUACUUAUUUAAUGACUUGUGCGAUAAUUAAUCAGGCCCUCUAGACAAGUGGUUCCAUCGACGAAUUCGCUUGUCACUUGUCUAGCGGGCCAGUUUUAUCAGUUCUUGCAUAUCAGAGAUGAGUAUUAAUAACUAGCUUUUUGCCUGCUACUUCUGUGAACGAGUGAAUUUCAGAAGUAGGAAAACCAAUGAAAUAGACCACUACCAUACGCCAUAUCAAGAUAAGCCAUAUACUACAUUUUCAAUUAGAUCUUCAAGACCACAACUAUGAAAACCGCAUCUAACUUCCAUCAGCCGGAUCGAACAAAUUUUUAAACACGACUGUUUUCGCUUCUAUUGCUUUUCUUAGGAUCCCUGAUAUCAAUUUUUCUUUAAUAUGAGAGAUAUUAUGUAUAGACAUUGACUUCUUACAAUUUUACUGUAUUUGUAAAAUAAUUUUUCAAAGUCAAAUAUUGUAAUUAUGAAAAGCACCACGGUAUACGCCUAGUGUCGUAAUGGGUUGCCAAUUGCCAUUCAUGGGAAUUGUUUUAUCUCAAUACCGUGUAAUAAUAUUGUAUUGUAAAAUUCUUUAUUAUUCAUUAUUUCAUAAUUAACAUUGGACACAAAAAAGAUAUAUAUAUAUAUAUAUAUAUAUAUAUAUAUAUAUAUAUAUAUAUAUAUAUAUAUAUAUAUAUAUAUAUUUAUACUUAAUGCUAAAAGCAUUCUCUCUAAAAUUACAUAUAUAAACGAAUAAAUAUAUAUAAAUAACAAAUAUACUUACACAUAUAUGACAUAUACUGUAAAAAAAAAACAACGUUCACAAAGUCGUAAAAAAGUGAGGGUAAACGUUUUUUUUGAAAGACGGUUUAGUUGGUAGUCUCUUAAUGGCAUCAGGAAGCGCGUUCCAGAGUCGUGAAGAAUGUAGGAAAAAAGAUGUUUGAAGCGAAACCAGGUCGGUAAGAGGGGAUACAAAUACAGGGUUGCACUGUUUCAUAUUUUUUGCCCUGGCUUACAAAUUAGGGUAACCUGUGUCUUGUAAGCCAGUUCCUUCCAGCCGUUGUAAGCCAGUUUUAUGAAUCUUAUCGGAUGUGGAUAUAUUGUUUGAAUGCGAAUACAUAUUCAUGAUUUGCUAUUAUACGUGAAUGCAUUUAUUAUUUCUAUGAUAAAAUGAAGAAUGGAAAACAAUAUAAUUGUAUGAUUGGAGUCUUAAUUGGAUUAAUUGAAUUAUAUUUUGAUAGGAUUUUAAUUUUUUUUUAAUCGGCCAGUAUUUUUGUGUAUGUUACGCUUUAUAUUUGCCAACUGUGCAUCGAUUUUUAAUGAUUCUUUGAUGAUAUCACAAUUAAAGUAGCCAUGAUUUUUGGUAAAUAUUUUUUAAAUUAUGAUAUCAUAUGCUGCGUCAUUUUUACCAUAAAAGUUCAGAAGUUCGAUGAUAAAAUAAAUUAUCAUCGUGGAUUUUUUCGGUCAUUCAUUAUCUGGUUACUAUAAUGGUUUUUUUAACGUCUAUAGUGUGUCCAAGUCCAUUUGAAGCCGAGCUAGUACCAAGAACUGAUUGACUGACUGUAAAAAGGAUUUUCCUGAGAGGAUUUUUUAUUUAAAGAAUACGAUAAAUAUGUGGCGAGGUACACUGAUAAAAUAUUAUUAGAAUGUACUAUAUAUAUAUAUAUAUUUUUAUUAUCGAGUAAUUGAAAAAGAUUUCUUAACGGACAGGUAAAUAGUAGUAUUAGCUAAUAAUUUCGACGCGGGUGUUUAAUGAAGUGACAGUUUAGCUGGUAAGAGUAUUGGCAACACUGUGGUAUGGAAGGCAAAUUAAUUAUAGUUCAGUUUAAUUCUUUUUUUAAAUUAGAGGUAAACUUGUUUUGACUCCUACCGGCACCUACCGGGUACAUUUUUUCUUAUCGAUAUCAACAGUAGCAACAGUAAACAAUACACAUUUACAAGACUUCAUUAAAAUCGUUUGAGCAAUUUCAAGAUUAGCUUGAAUGAACAUCGUGACACGACAUAAUUUGGAAAUUAAUUUUAAUAUAUAAAUAUAUUAAGAUUAAUUUACAAAUAAUAUUUUCUAAAAUCUUAUUCAUAAAAUCGUCAGAACUCUCAUAAACCUAUUUUAGCUAUUGUACUGUUUUGUUUAUGUCUUUUUUUGCUAAAUUCCCAAUUUAAAAAAAUGACAAAACAGUGCAGUAUUUAAAAUAGGUUUGAAGAAGAUUUUAGUUUUUAUGAAUAAGGGGGCAAAUUUAAAAAUUUUGAAUUGUGUACUUAUAUAUACUUGUUAUUAUAUAAUAGCAUUAAAGUACUUGUAUAUUUCAUAUACCUAUCUAAUUAAGGCUUAGUUUAAUUAAGUUUUAGGUUUAUUACAAAAUUAUAAUUAGGACUUGAGAUUCAUAAUUUAAGUAAAUUUUAUUAGAAUCACAAAAAUUAUCAUAAAACUAUAUAGGUAUUUAUUAGUUGACUCGAAAAACGUUUUGUACCACCCCUACCACAUUCAUGAAUUACCCAUCUAUUCGGGAUAAAAUUUAUAUUUUUUAGUCGAACAAAAUACAUAUUUACAAGAUUUCAUUAAAGUCAUGAAAUUCGAAGAUUAGCGUGAGCUAACAUCAUGCUACAGGAUUUUAAUAGAUUAAGAAUUGAACGUAGGCUGUGCACUUAUGCAGUUCCUUGUUGUAGUUUUAAUUUUCCUUAUAGAGUACACACGUAGGUACGAAUAUUUAUUAUAUUUUUAACCAGUUGUAAAAUUUAUGGUACAGUAGUCGUCUCCUCAAACUUCGAUUACAUAGUGUCUCCAUACAAAUACUUCACCAAAAAUAGGUGAACAUUUUUGUCCAUUUUUUAUUAAGUAUAUGGGAGAAACUAUGUAUAUGUAUGUAUUGGGAAAAUUAGAAAAAAGAAACAUUACAAAAUUUUUAUGAAUUUAUUUGAACCAAGAAAGUAAACAGAGGAUUCAUCCUUAUAUUUACUUUGAUUUAAAUUCAAGUAUACACUUAUAUUUUUGUUUUAAAUUAUUAAAUAUAGCCGCCAUAUUAAUUAAUGUAUUUAUAUUAAUUUGUUACCAAUUCGAAAAUAUGUAUGUUUAUAUAAAAAAUAAGUGAAAUUAAAAAAAAUCUAAGCUGAUUGUUUAAAUUUCACAUUUCUUUUUCUGUCUUGGAAAUUACUUGCAACAUAGAAAAAAAUUUGUUAUUUUUUUUUCAAAUUGUCAAAUUGGAAAAUCUUAAUUUCAAUUUAGUGUAUUAAAUGUUGACAUGUUUUUGAUACUCCAUGCUCUAUCUAUAUAAUUUAAAACAUUCAACCUAAUGAUGAGUGAAACAAUGAUGGAUAUAAAAAUUCUAGUUACUUUUUGAGUAGACUUAAAAUUAAGUCUUUUGAAAUUAUUAUCACAUAACGCUGAUUUUUAUAAAAUAAUUCAACAAUUUAUACGAUUUAGAUAGUUUAUUUAAUUUUUACUAGAUGGCGCUGUUUGAUAUGAGUAAUAUAUAAUAUAAGCAAACAAUAAUUAAUUAUGGUUGGACCUUAACACAGUCGGCUGAUGUCUAAUAGUAGGAUAUACCAAAAUUUAUUGAUUGAAUAUUUUGGUUUGUUUCAGCAACUUUAUUUAGAUAAUUUAUGUUAUAAUUUCAAUAAAACUUCACGUUAAGUUCUGUUGAAAUAGACUACGAUUCGCUUAAUUCCGAUUUUUAUCCCUCUGAUGUUGAUUUAGCAAAAAAGAAAUAUAGAACACUUAUAAUUUAUUUCAUGUUGCGUUGACAGAUAUAUAAUAGGAUAAAUUCACAGUUUCUAAAAUUGAAAUAUUCAUUUGGUAAUUUAGCGAAAAUAUGAUGGCAACAUUAAGAGUGAAAAAUAAAGAAUAGUGCUUCAGUGUCGACUCCAGUAUAUUAAAUUUUUUUUUCUUUGUGUUUCAGAAUGUUGAUGCUAUUAAAAAAUAUUUAGGUCUUAGUUAAUUUUUAUUUAUAAUAUGUUAGAUUAACAUAAUAAUUGAUCGUGUGAGUUUAUAGUGAGAUGGGCCAAUGCCAAUUUAUUUAAUAAAUACUAUUUGUAAUUAGGUAAAGUAAUAAUAAUUCUGCAAUGUUCUUUUAAUUUGUUAAAUAUCUUUAAGUGUGUAUGUUGUUAUUGUUGCAUAAAUAAAGCUGCAUGUAAU